GUCCAUGCCCCUUUCCGUACGUAUUGACGUACACGUACAUACGUAUGCGGAAACUCAGUUGUAAACAAAAACGGACAAUCACUAUCUUUCUCUUUUGAGCCAAAAAAUUAAAAAGAACGAAACAUAAACAUAUCUUUUGGAAGAGAACGCGUUAAAGGUUCCAGAUGCGUGGCAGUGGUUGAUGCAAGCACUAGCUCAUUACUAUAAGAAGACAUAUUUUGGUGUUGUUGGCCCGCAGAAACGGCUGUAGCCAACAUGUCAAGAAAACAGACGCCCAAACCGGUGCGGAGCAACAAAAAAAGUGAACUGGAACGCAAGAGGGAUGAGCGGGCAGCGCGCAGGGCCAUUGUGAAGGACCGCAAGAACAGGCCUCAGGAUUGCGAUGAAGGAGCAGAGUUUGUUAGUUUCUCCAAUCAGCUCCAGGCUCUGGGGCUCAAGCUGAGAGAGGUCCCCGGAGAUGGGAACUGUCUGUUCAGAGCUCUGGGCGACCAGUUAGAGGGUCACUCCCGGGGUCACCUCCGGCUUCGGCAGGAGACGGUCCAGUAUAUGACGUCCCAUCGACAAGACUUUGAGCCAUUUGUUGAGGACGACGUGCCCUUCACACAGCAUUUGUCCAACCUCUCUCAACCCGGUACGUUUGCUGGCAAUGACGCCAUCGUGGCUUUUGCCCGUAGCCAACAGGUGAGAGUGGUCAUCCAUCAGCUCAACACGCCACUGUGGGAGAUAAAUGGUGCCGAGAAGCAGGUGUGCAGAGAGCUGCACAUCGCCUACCGCUACGGCGAUCAUUAUGACAGUGUGAGGCGGAUUGGAGACAACUCUGAGAGUCCUGCCCAGCUCCGCAUAGAGAAUCUACAGAACUCACGAGGCCAGACGCGUGAAUUUGGUGACGGUCAGCGAGACAGACAGAAAAAUCCCUCUCCCACAGCCUCAGAGGAGGACAACGUGAUCCUGAGCUCCAUCAAGAACAGAGGAAUCCAGGGUGAUGAGGAGAACCUGCUCCAGCUGAGUGCGGCAACCAUCAAUGCUGAAUGGCUUGUGGGCUCCAUGCUGGGCCAGUCCUGCCAGGGCCAGUGUUCCUCAGGAUCCUGCUCAACCUGCAGAGCCGCAGCCACGGACUGCAGUGAGCAGAAACAGCCAGCAGAGGGCAGCAAUGUCCAAAAACCAAAGGUAUCAACCAAGCAGAGGAAAGAGCAGCAGCGGCAAGAGAAGAAGAAGCGUCAGGAGGAGAGGCAUCGGCAGAAGUUUCUCCAGAGCAAAGGGAGUCAGGACCAGAACCAGAACCUGCCAGAGGCUGUUACUCUAGUACCAGCCCUCAACACUCUCAGUAUAUAGACUGGAGCAUGGCCAAAAUAACCCUCUGCUUCUCUAGCUACCGGUGGCUGACGCUGUUCACAAAAAUUUUGCACAUAGUCAGAUUUGAUUCAGUCACAGUGGGUGACUUUCCUCAAGAGAACACUCUGCGGACGGUAUAACGGUGCCUGCAAACUCGAGUGCGUGAGAUGUGUGAAAGUUGUAAAAGAUGAGAGAGUGAAAGAGCAUGACUUUCAGUGUUUUAGCUGGGUUUCAUUUUAGUUCAAAGGUAGGUGUAUAUAGAAACUCCUCCAAUCUGUUCUGCCUACCACGCUACCUUAGCCCCUUUCUAUGCUGGACAUCUGGCUUUUCAUGACAACCAUGCAGAUAAAUCUCAUGCAGCUGGGCUUUUUAAAAUGCCACAGAUUGAGUUUAUAUGGAUCUCGGCUGUACAGCGCGCUUUGUUUGUUCGAUCUGACCGACGAGGGAAGUGAAAAGAAGAGUGGUGGAUGAAUGAUUGUGUUAUGCACACUGUGUAAGGAAUGUGGCAAUAAAUAAUAAUAAAUGACAAUUUUGUUUUUG